AAUGCCGGCUUUAAACAUCAGCUUGACAACCAAUCUCGUGUCAGUCAAUCGGUUAGUCGGUUAAAACAACAGCGGCCGCCGGUAGACGUUUCAUUUUUUUGUAUUUUUGCUUAUGUCCCAAAACGUCUUACAAUUUUCGAUAUUGUUAUCUAUUCGAAAGCCCGCGCCGAAUUCGGUUUCCAUAGAAUUUUGUUGAAAUGUCUUCGCCGCCUUUUAUCGCGGUCGUGGUUUUGUUGACACUGUAUUUGACUCGUGCUACAGCGAGACCGAAAGCAGCUGAUGGACCGUCAUUCACAGGACAGUGCGGUUACGAAUCGUGUCCGGCAGUCAAAGAUGGAUAUCUUAACGUACACUUCGUGCCUCAUUCUCAUGAUGACGUCGGCUGGCUGAAGACCGUUGACCAAUACUACUUUGGCACCAAUACUUCCAUACAAAUGGCUGGUGUUCAGUUUAUUUUAGAUUCUGUAGUCGAGGCGCUUUCAAAAGAUCCUAACAAAAGGUUUAUUUACGUGGAGACUGCGUUCUUUUGGAAGUGGUGGAUUGAUCAAAACGAAGAUACUCAAACGUUAGUCAAAAAUUUAGUAUCGUCCGGUCGAUUAGAGUUUAUUGGAGGAGCUUGGAGUAUGAAUGACGAAGCAAAUGCAAAUUAUAUUUCAAUUAUUGACCAGUUUACAUGGGGUUUGAGGUUUCACGACAAUGUUAUUUUGAUCUCUUUAGCACAAAAAAAGUACCACUUGUUCUGGUUGGCGUUGGUAUACAAAAAAUUGACACAUUUCAGGAAGCUAAACGACACGUUCGGCGAGUGUGGUAGACCUCAUAUCGGCUGGCAAAUUGAUCCGUUUGGCCAUUCCAGACAAAUGGCUACUUUGUUCUCGCAAUUUGGUUACGAUGGACUAUUUUUCGCUCGCCUCGAUUACGAGGACAAGAUGCAACGUUUGUCCAAGAAGUCAGCUGAGAUGAUAUGGCAGUCCAGUCCCAACCUCGGUUCAUCAGCGAAUCUUUUCACUCACGUUCUGUACAACUUCUAUUCUCCCCCAGAUGGAUUUUGUUUCGAUGUAGUGUGCGGUAUAGAUCCUAUUGUGGACGAUAUCAAGAGCCCGGCUUAUAACGUAGAAGCGAAGACCGCAGACUUGUUAGCAUUUUUGGAUAGUCAAGCCAAAGGUUACCAGGAUCAUGGUAAUGUUAUUCUGACCAUGGGCGGUGACUUCACGUACCAAGACGCCAGUUACUAUUACAAAUCUCUGGACAAACUCAUCAAACAUAUAAAUUCAAAACAAUCGGCUGGUAGCAAAAUCAAUGCCAUAUACUCCACUCCGUCGUGCUACUUAAAAGCGGUCAACGAUAAAAACUUGACAUUUCCCACAAAAGAUGAUGAUUUUUUCCCGUACAAAAGUGACAAACAUGCUUAUUGGACAGGAUACUUUACUUCGAGACCUACGCAAAAGUAUUAUGAGCGAAGGGGUAACAAUAUUCUGCAGGCUUGUAAGCAACUUGCGGUCCAAAGUUUAGCUGGACCUCAGUAUGAACCGAAAAUUACACCCCUACGUGAAGCAAUGGGAGUGAUGCAACAUCACGAUGCCAUCACCGGAACAGAAAAGCAGCACGUGGCCAACGAUUAUGCAAGAAUUUUGAGCGAGGCAAUUGGAGAAUGCGAAGAAGUUUCGUUUAACGUCUUAUCCGGACUUUCUGGGGAUAGAACAUCGAAAUUCGAAACAUGUGAUCUGUUGAAUAUCAGCGUAUGCGCCAUUUCAGAGCAAAGCGAACAGUUCGUCCUUACCUUGUACAAUCCGCUGAGUAGACCUGUUACCGAGUUUGCACGGUUGCCCGUACUCGACAAUACAGAGUACGAUGUAGUAGACCCACAGGGUAAUAAUCUUACAACACAAAUCAUACCACUACCAAAAUCUGUUAUCACUAUACCUGGUCGGACGUCACCGACGACGGCAGAAUUGAUAUUCAAAGCGACGGACUUGCCCCCACUGGGUUAUAAAUCCUAUCUUAUUACUAAAAAUAGAAACGGCAAACAGUCUACUCGAUCAAACGCGGUUCACGAGUCAUCGACGUCGAAAACCAAUGCCAUACACAUCGGCGAUGAAAAAUUAGGUUUAACUGUCGAUUUUCAAGACUCUAGGAAUUUUACCAUUCACUUAAACGGCGAAGACAGAUCUUUGCUCCAUGAAUUUAUGUAUUACAAGAGCAUGGUUGGCGAUAAUACGAAAGAUUACAAAAGAGCAUCAGGAGCAUACAUUUUUAGACCUAAUGGAACGGCUGUGUCUUUUUGUGACAAGCAAAAUAAGCCCGUCGUUUUUAAAGGACCGUUAGUCGAUGAAGCCCAUAUAGUAUGCAACGACUGGGCCAGUCAUGUAAUAAGAAAAUACCAAGGUGAUGAUCAUUUUGAAUUCGAAUGGCUAGUAGGACCGAUUCCAUAUGGAGACAGGAUAGGAAAAGAAAUAAUAUCUCGCUAUAAACUGCCACAGUAUCGGAAAAACAAAACUUUCUAUACGGAUUCGAAUGGCAGAGAAAUGUUGCAACGAGUAUUAAAUUAUAGAAGUUCGUUCGAUUUAAAACAAAACGCAGAAAACAUAUCAGGAAAUUAUUACCCGAUCACUUCAAGGAUUAUGUUUACUAAUGGUCAAACCCUAUUUGCUGUACUUAACGAUAGAGCUCAAGGCGGCUCAAGUCUCGACGUUGGAGAGAUUGAGCUUAUGGUGCACAGAAGAAUGUUUUAUGAUGAUGCAUUUGGCGUCGAAGAACCUCUCAACGAGCACGCAUUUGGUACUGGCUUAGUUGCCAGAGGUCAGCAUUAUAUUGCGUAUGGCUCAGUCGACGAACAGAACGCAGUGCAAAGACUAUUAGCUCAAAAAAAACUCAUUAGACCACAAUACUUUUUCACUAAAAAACCGUCUACGAUUUCGCACAAGGAGCUAAAUGAUACGACUAAAUUACAAUUUUAUGGUAUGAAAAACUUACUUCCGGUUAAUGUCCAAGUAUUAACUUUAGAACCCUGGAAAGAAGGGACUAUUUUACUCAGAUUGGAACAUAUUUUCGAGUACAAUGAGGAUACAAAUUUAUCAAAACCAGUCGUUGUAAAUAUUCAGGACUUGUUUACGAAAUUUCGCAUAGUAUCUCUAAGAGAAACCAUUUUGGGUGGAAACCAAUGGCUAUCAGAAAAUAACAAACUUUCUUGGAGAACGGAUGAUAAUGAUCUCGAAGUCGAUGAAUCGCCAACCAGAAGUUACAAAACAGUAGAUCCAACACACAUUUUGUUGACUCCAAUGCAAAUUAGAACUUUUGUGUCUGAAAUUAUUCCACUGUCCCAGUGAUUAGUUACCAAAUAUUACGAUUUUAACUAAAUAUGUAGAUUUAUCAUUUGUAAACGUUAAGGAAAAUUAUAUAUAAGAUAUAAGUAUAAAAUGAUACAUAAUAUACUACAUGACGAACUGUCACUAAUGAAGUUUAGACUGUAGUAAAUAUAUAUAAGUAAAUUGAUUAUUCAAUCGUGAUUGUUGCGUAUAACUUUUACUUAUACAUUACAUUAAAUUACUUUUAAAAAUAGUUGUUCUUUAUGAUAAGGUACUUAUAAUAUUAAGUAGGUACUAAGAAGUGUGAUAGAAAUUUGAUACAGGU